UAUGCCUAUGUGUCUAUAUAUAUGUGUGUUCACACACAUGUAUGAUAUCAUAUUUUGUAGGUUUUAAAGUUGCAUGAUCAUAUAUUCUUCAUAGUUAAUCAAGCCUUUUUGUUUAAAUUAAGUGAGGUUGUUACUUGUUAACAUGUCUGCCUUGAGAUUAGAGAAACCAGAAAGGAAGAUUAUAGAGAAGAACAGAAGGAACCAGAUGAAGUUUCUCUAUUCGCGUCUUUUCUCGCUCAUCCCUAGCACAUCCAAGGGAGGUGACCAAGUGGCGAAUCAAGUGGAUAGAGCUAUAAACUACAUUCAAACCCUGAAAACCAACUUGGAGGUGAACAAAAACAAGAAGGAUAGGUUGUUGUUAUUGUUGAGUAAGAAGAGAUCACACGAAGACACGGAAAUGAUCAACAGUGUGUCCAUACCGCUCGAUAUUCAGAUCCAUGAAAUGACUCAUGAUCAUGAUGCUGUUUUGGUAACCGGGUUGAAAACGUAUUCCACAUUUUGUAAUGUUGUUCAGUUUCUUGAUCAAUAUAGCACAGAGGUGACACUUGCAAAUUUUUCUAAUAGUGGUCAUUCAACCUUUCACAUCUGCCAAAAGAAGAUAGAUGCACAUGAUAUUUGUAAGAGGCUCAAGGAUUCAGUUGAAAACAUGAAGGAGUUUGGGGAUAAUACACAUGCAUCGUUUCGCAAUGAAGUUGACUUAGAUUUAAGUGUGUGGGACUUUGAUCUCCUGUAUUAGAGGUGGUGUUGUGUAUAUUUUCUUUUAAUUCGCGAGAACUCGUUAUAUAAAAGUUUAAGAUG